AUGUCAACCAAUUUCAUCGCGGAAUUAUGGACAUAUUUGGCGAUCGACCUUGUGAUUGUUGGCAUCCGAGUUGGCUGGCGAAUAAAGACACUGGGUAUCCACAAAUUGGCGCCUGAUGAUUACCUGAUGGUAGUUGCAGCGCUUCUCUAUACAGCGGAGUCAGCAACUGCAUACUAUGUCAGCGCUUGGUGGUUUGGAAUGGCAAAUGACCACAUGACACCAGAGUACCGCGCCUCAUUAGAUCCUCUUGGUCAUGAAUAUCAUCUCAGAGUCAAGGGAUCUCAAACACAACUUUUCGGCUGGCUCGAUUAUACUGUGUUGUUAUGGACGUUAAAGCUAUGCUGGCUCUUCUUCUAUAAACGCCUUGGGGAUGGCGUUAACUACAUGGGCCUAAAAGUGAAUAUUGGGUUUGUAUUCGUGGUUAUCACCUUUCUCGCAACAUUCUUUACUAUUCUUUUUGGAUGUUAUCCUGUUUCAAAGCAUUGGCAGAUCAAUCCAGAUCCAGGCGACUUUUGUCAGCCCGCAGUCUCAAAGCUGCAGGUUUAUACGCUCAUUUCAACAAAUCUUUCUACAGAUUUCUAUAUAAUGUCAAUUCCCCUUCCGAUGAUCUGGAAAAGCAAAUUAAGUCUUAAGAAAAAGCUGGGGAUAGCCAUCCUACUUGGUGGAGGUCUCCUCACAACUGUUGCUGGUCUUCUCCGAUGCAUCUUAAUCCUCACAUCGGGUGCGCAGGGACCAGAGCAGGCCGGGGAAUGGUCAUGUCGGGAAUCCUUCCUUGCAGUUCUCGUCUCGAAUGUACCAUUCCUCUUCCCCGCGGGUCGGCGCGCAUUCAAGAAGCUCACAAACCAAACCUUAACUGAAGACGAUUACUCGAGAUCAAGAUCUUUCGGUCUUCACAGCCUGAAAAGCUCUCAGAAGAAGAAGUUCAAACAUCCACUUUCAAUCCCGGAUGAUACUAUAUAUGAACGAUAUGAUUCAAAGGAGAAUAUUGUAUCACUAACCAAGAACCUCGAAGCUAUACAUGAAAAUCACUCCCAUGAUAGCGGGAGAAACGAAAUUCGAGUUGCGACAGAAUGGGAUGUGGAAAGCAGCCACGUGCAUGAGGCAUGA